CUGACUGGGGAUAGUUUAACAAAAUCGAACUUUAAGGGUGAAACGGCAACGGAGGCGGCUUCACCAAUAGCUGGUGCACAAUUAAAACCGCGUACUCAGCGAGGACCAUCAACACCGAAAAGAAUCACCAUACGAUCUAAACGGACUGACCAUGAAAGUAGUGGAAUGGUGGACAUGAGUGCCGCACAAAGUAUACCCUUCUGCCCAGUGCAUCGAACUGAUUCGCCUGACGCAUGUCAAAUGAAGCUGAAAGUUUACCGAUUGCCAGAUGAGGACGGUGUUGAUGUGAAGCUAUUGGUCGAUACAAAGGCUGUACCAGAUGCGGAACCACUGUUAUUCUCGGCGCAUUGUCCAAAUUGGCAGCCGAAACGUGUUUGGAUAAACGGAAAGUUGUGUUCACAAUAA